GAGGAGUUUGUCUGCGAGCCGCCCAUGAUCACCCGUCACACCUCCAAGAUGUUUGUGAUGGAGGGUCAGGAGGUCAGUCUGCGCUGCAAGUCCAUCGGAGACCCCGAGCCGUCCACUCACUGGGUCAGUCCUGACGGGAAGCUGAUCGGAAACACGUCCAGAACCGUCUGCUACGAGAACGGCUCUCUGGACAUCCUGAAAGCUUCAGUGAAGGAUUCUGGAAAGUUCACAUGCAUAGCCUCAAACGCAGCUGGAGAGGCGACGGCUCCUGUCGAGUUAGUCGUCAACCCGUCGCCACACUACGACCCGAAGCUGGACCCGGACCCGGGGCCUUCGGACAUCCCCACGUCUAUAAAGUCGAACAUCAGCGGAGGUCAGGCGCGCUCCGACCAGCAGAGGGUCAGCGUGUCCGAUCUAACGUCCGGCUCGGCUACCAUCAGAUGGCCCCCGCAGAACCACAUACCAGGGGUCCGCAUGUACCAGAUCCAGUACAACAGCUCCACAGACGAUAUACUCAUAUACAG